GGGUCGGCGCUUUUCGCAUUCGGUUCACCCUUUUUUGAACCCGGUUUUGGUAUCGCUCGAACACUGCCGGAACAUUUCUCUUCCACUGUUGGCGCGACAUUGGUUUGUGGGCCCGGGUGUCACAGAGCGGUAUGAGCACGGGUCGACCGGGUAACCAUGGGUGUAAAGUUCAAUCUAGGCCGCAACCAUUGCCUGCUGCUUGGUUUCAUCUGCGGGUUCCUGUUCAGCUACUACUCACCCCAAGACUAUACCGAGUCGGUGACGGAGUGCCCGGAAGUGACCGAGCACACCAACAAGCUGAACGGGCUGGUGGACGGCCAUGGGGCCGAGUUUGAACCGCAGCUCAACCUAGAGCAGAAACCGAUGAUCGCCAAGAAGGUGGUGAAGAACAUUGUGCGUCCCCGGUACUACUACACCGAGCUGGGCAUCCGGGAGAAGCUGUUCCUGGGCGUGCUGACGACGACGGAGAACAUCGACAGCUUGGCGACCGCAAUCAACCGUACCGCGGCCCACCUGGUCAACAAGAUUAAGUUCUUCAUCCACGCCGAGAGCAUGAAGUCCAACUUUCAGCUGAAAAACAUCGUCGGUUUCACGGACACGCGCGAAAACCUGCGACCCUUCCACAUGCUCAAGUUCCUCGCCGACAACUAUCUGGAUGAGUACGACUACUUUCUGCUCGUGACCGAUACGACAUACGUGAAUGCGCGCAUGCUGCGUAACCGGCUCGAGCACCUGAGCGUCACGAUGGACGUGUACAUGGGACGGCCCCUGGCCGACACCGCCGCCGAGGGUGUUGGCGGGCCGGUCGAGGGGCAAGGCACUGACGACGAAUCGCCCGGCACCGGCAGCACCGGCCGGUACUGUGACCUGAACGCCGGCAUCAUCCUGAGCAGUGGCGUGAUCCGGAAGGUGCGCGCCAACCUGGACUGGUGCGUGCGCAACGCGCUGGGCGAUGAUCACAGCAACAACAUCGGCAAGUGCGUGCGGUACUCGGCCAAGCUCAACGGUUGCCAUGACCGGUGGCAGGGCGUUCCGGUGAGCAGCUACCGGUUGAGUAGCUUCAAAAUCUACCGCGAUUUCCACCUGAUCGCGAAGGAACCCUCGUUCAACGGUGCGUCGACCGUCUUUCCUGUGACCGCCGCCGACGAUUUCUACCUGCUGCAUGCGUACUUUUCGCGCGUGCACCUCGAGACCAACAACGAGCGCAAGCGGCAGGUGCAGGAGGAAGCACUCCAGAUAGCGGGCGGGGCGCUGUCGAACGAGGUGCUCGAGGUGCGCUGGCCGCUCGGUGUGCCACGAACGAGCCCGCCCGAGUCACGCCACGAUAUCAUCAAGUGGACGGCGCUCAACCUGACGCACAUCUUCAUGCGCAACACGGAGGAGAACGUGCGCCGGCUGUCGGUGGUCGACGAGGAGGACAUCCGGAACGUGCUGAACAAAACGAUCACGGAGGCCGGGCGCAAUCAGCCCGACGACGAGUACCGUGGUUUGCACUCGGCGUACAAGCGGUUCGAUGCGGUGCGCGGCAUGGAGUACCGGUUGCUGCUCACCUUUUACGAUCGCCGACGGAAGCGAAUGCGGACGCGCAGCUUCGAGGUGAUCAAACCGAUCAGCCUGAUCGAGAUUGUCCCUUCGCCGUACGUCACCGAGAGCACGCGGGUCGCCAUCCUGCUGCCCGUCCUCGAGCAGCAGGUGCAGGAAACGGAGCAGUUUCUCGAGAGCUACGAGCGGACGUGCAUGGACAGCCAGGACAACACGUUCCUCAUGCUGAUCUUCUUCUACCGGCUGGACACACCGAGCAAGGGCGACGAGGACGUGUUUCUGCCACUGAAGAACAUAGCGCUGGCGGUGACGGAGAAGCACAAGCAGGACGGCUCCCGGGUUGCGUGGGUAUCGAUCCGGUUACCACCGGAGCUGAGCGCCCCGUUCGACGACAACCAUCGCUACUACAGCUCGCUGUACGGGGCCCACGGGCGUUUGGCGUUCGCCGCCGUCGACCUGGCGCUGCGCAAGAUCGGCCUCGAGAGCCUGGUGCUGGUGUGCUCGAACGCCGCCACCUUCCGGCCGGACUUCCUGAACCGCGUGCGCAUGAACACGAUCCAGGGCUUCCAGGUGUUCAGCCCGAUCGGCUUCACGAUGUACCCGUGCGAGUGGACCGGCCUGUGCAAACCGUGCGAAAACUGCGACGUCGGCCAGGGCAUCGGGUACUUCGAUCGCCACAACUACGAUGUCGUGUCGUUCUACAGCAACGACUACGUGGCGGUGCGCAAGGAGCUCGAGGGCCGGCUUCCGAUCGUGCGGAGCGAUCGGGACAUUGUGAGCCUGCUCGGCACCAACGGUACCGGUCAAGGCGAUGGCGGCUCACUGACCAACAUCGUCCAGCUGUUUCUCCAGGCCGGCACGGAUUUACAUGUGCUGCGAGCGAUCGAGCCGAACCUGCGGCUCGGUAGCGGUAUUCGCAACUUCCUCGCUACCGAUCCGCAAGGGGAUCGCUUUGCCAAGCUGAACUGCCCCGAACCGCACGGUAACCGGCAACGGUGCAUACGGAUCGCCUCGAAAAAGCAGAUCGGCGAUCUGCUGGUACAGUACAGCAAACAGCGCAGCGAUAGUCAACCGACGCGAUAGAAGCCCGUGGUGGGGGGAGCGUGACCGUGGGAGGAGAUUAGUAGGAGGAUCAGGAGGAGGCAAGGGUUACAAAGACCUGUUCAAAGCGUGACCGCCGACCCGGGGGGAAAAGGGAUUUCAGUUUUCUUUUUUUUUUUUUUAAUUUUUUGUUUUACAUCCUACACUUUAUUACCUUCAUCUCCAAAGCGAUUGAAACGGUUUCGAUCAACAUUAAGGUUAAGGAGUAGACUGUACGGCAUAUGAUAUAUAGCUCGCAAAACGAACGGUACACAGUGGCACCAGGAAAAAAGCCCACAAAUGAAUAAAUAAUGAUAAUUCACACCA